AUGGUGGAGGAAAUGUUACCUGUGGGAUCGAUGAAACAGGUUGGACACAUCAAACACACACAGUGUUAUCUGUAGCCAUGGUGUCACCAUGUGAUUUUGCCUCCAGGGUGACCUGCAAUCCCAGGCAUCGGUCCAAGCAAUCGCCCGGCAGGUCUGUGAGCAGCUGAUACAGAGUGAGUCUUUUUUUAUCCUGCAUCUGACCCUCUUCCUGUGUGGGUUUGUGUGUAUGGAUGUGGGGUUGCACAGGUCUUGUGUAUUUUGAGUGUAAGUGUAUUGUAUGGAAGGGGUGUAAAGUAUGAAAAUAUGAGUGUUGUCUAUGAAGGUGUAAAUGUAUUUUGCCAUUGGCAUCCAUUAAUGUGCCACUGACCUCAGUCUGACGUCUCUCCCACAGGUCACAUGGCUCGCUACAACUCCAUCCUCAACCACAUCCCCAGUGCACCCGUUUCCAUCCGCACCGUUCCUGGACCCCCAGGAGAGCCCGGGCGGCAGGGCGGACAAGGACCACAGGGAGAGCAGGGGCCCGCGGGCAGACCAGGGUUUCCCGGGUCCAAUGGAGAGAAUGGACAACCAGGAGCCAGAGGUACUGUAUAGAGAAGACUCAGAUUUAACUCAAGCUAUCAAGUAAAGAUCUAGUCAUGUAGCCUAUGCCAUAAGCUUGUGAGAAAAGAUAUUACAGUAAAUGAUACUGUCAGGUAAUGUAAGAAAACAUCACUAAUAUAUUCAGAAAAAAAGGAUUACACAUUAGGCUAGAUCUACAAUAUUGGACAUGACACUUGUAGUGCUGAAGGUGAUAUAAUAUGGAAAGGAGACAAGCAUGCCCACUUCUCUGCAUUUUGUCAAAGUGUGUGUCCCCUCUGCCUUUGUCUGUCCAGGUUUGUCAGGAGAGAAGGGCGACAAGGGAAGCCCAGGUGUAGGAGUCCAGGGUCCCAGAGGCCCCAUAGGACCCCCAGGUAACCGAAACAAUGCCUGCUGAAAAACACCCCCAAAAAAACAAUAAACUGCAAAUUUCCAACUUCAAUUUCCCUCCAGAGACUUCCUUUGCCACCGAGCCUCUGCAGAGGAAAUCAAAAUCUGUUAAGCGGGUGGAUUAGAAAAUGGGAAGUCAUCCGAUCUGUUUUUGAUUAAGGGUCUCCCUCUUGAUUCAAGGGGAGAAUAUGACACGGAGAGGGUAGCCCGAGUUGCAUUUAAUUUACUUUUGUUUGUUGUUUUUCAUUAAGCUGCUUCUACUGGUUUAAUCAAACAUUAUUAGGGGCAUAGCUAUUGACUCCUGUAUUGAUUGUAGUCUAGCUGACGCAGUGUGUUGAUUGAACUCCUGGAGCGGUUGCCAUGUUGGUCUACAGGAGAGAACUCCGAGCUCUUUGGAAUCUGGCAUACGCGAGAUGAGCGCCUCCAAGGAUAUUUAAAAAAUGAUAUUCAUAGCCGCUGCAUUUCCUGAUGGAGACAGCUCAGUGAUAAUAGCAUUGGUUUCCUUACCCUGUAAGAUGUCUAUGGGUAAGGUAUGACAGCAAUCCAUGCUUUGGUUUAGUUUCCUUGGUACUGUUUCCACAUGCUAAUGUUUUAUCAUUUUUUGGCACAAAUUGAAUUCAAGUCAUUGGACCGAUAUUAGCAUUUUUCGCACAUUAUGUUCAAAACAUCUAUAAGUGACUUUGUUGAGCUUUACAAUAAAUUGUAGAUACUUUCGGAUGACUUGGACAUGAUGCGAGAAAAAUGCUUAUAUCGGUCCCAUGACUUGAAUGGGAUUUGCGCCACAAAUGCUAAAAUGUUAGCAUGUGGAAACAGUGCCAGGGAAACUAAACCAAAGCAUGGAUUGCUGUCAUAACUUGUCCAUAGACUGCUUACAGGGUAAGGAAACCAGUGUGUAAUUUUGUAAUUUGGGUGAACUAUCCCUUUAACUUCAUGAAUUCUACCUCAAUAUGCAGUGUUCUUAGUCACAAUGAAGACAAUAAUAAUGCCAUGUUUCAUUGGUUUGCCAUAACGUUUCACAUAAUGAUUUAACUUAGCUCAAAGUUAAAACCUUAAUUGUUCAUUGAAAAAUGUAUUUGUUUUAUCAAAACACACUCUCCCCUUUCUCCGCCCUCUCCUCACCCCUUUUCUUUCUCCUCCAGGACCAACGGGUCAGGGGCGGACAGGUAGCCAGGGUCCGUCUGGUCGGCCGGGGAACCCUGGAACCCCUGGGCGGCCGGGUAUCCCUGGACCAGUGGGGUCGGCUGGGCCUCCUGGAUACUGUGACCAGAACUCUUGCGUGGGCUACAACGUAGGA